CUUGUCAGUCACUUUGCAAUUUCCAAACAUUCAUCAUUUUUGUAGCCAAUUUUAGUCCUUGUUCGUAAAAAGUUAACUUUUUGCCAUUAUCUGGAGUUAGUAACAAUCGCUGUGGUGGCACUGGCAGUUUGUUUACGAUUCUGGCUGUGUUUGGAUUAAGCCGAACGGAGUGACCACCGUAUUCCACAGAAGGAUCAAAUCAAGUAAGACUGAACUGAACGAGUAAGAUAUCCCUUAUCGAUAGCAGGGAUUCGCUUAUCCGAAACGUUAUUUCAUCAGAAAAUUAGUGGAACUAAAGUUGUGGCUAAGCUGGAGGUCCCGCAUCGCUUGAUUCUAUGAACAAGGACGAUCCGGGUAAAGUUGACGGCGAUUCCAGCAGAAUCGAUGAAGAAUCGUCGUCAUCCAGUGAGCGGAAACAUCACAGUGAAAAAACUACUGCAGCCACCGGUAGCACCACAGUACCCAGCAAAGCCCUAGCUUCCAACAGCAGCACCAACAUCAACGCCUCUAACCUCAGAUCUGUUGCUUCCGGCUCGUCAAAAGCAGGACCCUCUACGACCACCGCGAGCACCGGUAGCGGCAACGAAUCAGAAGACAUGAAACGCGCUUCGGCUAAAAAGUUGAUCGAGCGGUACUUUUACCAGCUCGUCGAUGGUUGUGGAAAUCCGAAAUGUGGCAACAAGUACUGUGCCUCCAGCGGCAAGGUCGAGAAGCUGAGUCCGAAUGCGGCCGCUGCUCGAGCCAUCCAGUUGUUUACGCAGGAAGCCGAACUGUGCGAGUUUCACCCAUCCAAAAUGCCCAAGACCAUGACCAGCCCAUCGACGUCCUCGUCGUCCGGAACUAGGACCGAUCAAUCCGCUCCGAUAAACCGGAUGGAUGAGGGAAAUGUAGGCGGCGGCAAUGUUUCUGCUGGCAGCUCUUCUAGGUCCAGCUCGGGAUUGGACGACUCUACGGUUAGCACCGAGGCAGGAACAACUUGGGGAACAAUGGGAAAAAAUGUCGAUAUGGAUGAUGUUAACGAAAGUUCUAAUCUCGACAUGGAUUCCAUGGAUGAAGACGAGCAGCAUGAGGCAAGUGCUCGCAAGAAUCAAAACCAGCACUACGAAGGCGGCGGGGGCGGCGAUGAGAUCAAAGCGACCAGUAGUCCGUACGCCCUGCGUAGCAGCACUACUAGUCACAACAAUGGUGGUUCUCCGUUUGCCGGCAGUAGCAGUAGCGGAAAAUCGUCCAAGAACAACGAAACCGGUACGACCGGUACAAUUAGCUGUAGGAAAAAAAUGUCCGCCCCAGAUGGGUCUUCCAAGGACUGCAACAAAAAGCAGCGCGAUACCUCACCGGUUGACUAUCUGGACGAAGCUAAGCUUCAGGACAUAAUCAAAGCAUGUGAUCGCGAUAACUCGGACAUAGCGUUAAUUCGAACCCUCGGUGCCAUUUUUUCCUCCUAUCAAUCACUAGCGAUAAGCUUUCAGAAGAAACCUAGCUCUAGCAUCGAUGCCAUGCUGGAGAAAGCUCCGGAAGAUUUGAAAAAUCUUAAAAAAGAAGACCUCCGAACGCUUGAAGGCGACCUCGACAAGGACGAAGACAGUUCGGCCGAGCAAGUGCCGGAGGUGAAGGACAAACAUUACACCUCAGUGGAUCUGGCCAGUCUUCGAAGGUCGAUAAGCUGGCUUCUCAAACAGAAGAGCUCAGUCUUUGGUCCCAUCAACAAUGCCUUACAAUCACUCGGUCAAUCUCUUAGUAUUGAUUUGCGCGUGCAUCUGACUCAAAACGAAGACAUUGAGCAGGUCAUAACAGCACUGGUGAUAGUGUUUGAAGUAUUUCAAAUAGGAACGGCCGAAUUUCUAGAGGUCUCCAUGCCACAGAUUUGUUCAGCCGUUUCCCAUCUGCCGAUAUGGGCACAGGCCCGUCUAGUUCAUAUUUGGGCCGAACAUUGCAAAGACGGAAUUCAACCUAUGCUGCAGUUACUGCAGCAAUUGAUCACCAUCUCAACGCUUUCGCUAAACUACUAUCGCGAUGUCAAGAUCCACGACAACGAAAUCGUUUGCAACGCGACGAAGGUUAUGAAGAUCGUAUUCUAUGCGAACAUCUUGGCUGGCGAGGUGGAUCCAAAGUUCUAUCGAGAAACUGAUCUCAGUGACAGUGCCCUACCCGCUUUCUUGUCGCUCAUUCCGGAAGACGAGGACCUCAUGUUCAACAGCAGCGGGGAUAGCAGCAAAGAUAAGAAAAAACAGCAACGUCUAGAAGAUCCGCUGGCGGUAGAACUGGACGUCAACAUACUGGAUUGUCGACGACCACAUGUUCCUUACGAAGAGUUCUAUAAUGAACCGUUGUGCGACGUUAUCGAGAUGGAUCAGGAUUAUUUAAACUACAAAAGCACUACCUCCGAUGGGGCAUUCUAUGCAGACUCGACCAAGAAAUUUAGCUUUAUGCUUUAUUCAUAUAUUCUGACACCGGCAACCAAAACCCUUGCCCUUUUCUACGAUUCCCGAAUCCGGAUGUACUCGGAGCGAAGGCUUAGCAUCCUCAAUCAACAGUUGGGCGCAGGGCUACAGAACGUGAAUCCAUUUUUGAAGUUGAAAAUCCGCCGAGAUCACAUUAUCGAUGAUGCGCUUGUCGAGUUGGAAAUGAUUGCAAUGUCAAACCCCAAGGAUUUGAAAAAGCAAUUAGUGGUAGAGUUUUCUGGCGAGCAAGGAAUCGAUGAGGGUGGUGUCUCGAAGGAAUUCUUCCAACUGAUUAUCGAGGAAAUUUUCAAUCCAGAUUAUGGAAUGUUCAUCAAUAACGAAGACACGAACACAGUUUGGUUCAAUUCAACAUCCUUCGAGAACGAGGCCCAAUUUACUUUGAUAGGAAUUGUGCUAGGUUUGGCAAUCUACAAUAAUAUUAUUUUGGCUGUCAAUUUCCCGAUGGUAGUCUAUCGAAAAUUAAUGGGAAUGAAGGGAUCGUUUGUCGAUUUAAAAGAUUGGAACCCGAUCCUCUACAACAGCCUCAAAUCCAUGCUGGACUAUCAGGAAAACGACAUGGAGGAAGUGUUCAUGCAGACCUUCAAGAUCUGCUACAAGGACGUAUUUGGAAACACGUUGGAUCACGAGCUGAAACCGGAUGGGGAUUCAUUUUUCGUGAAUCAGGACAACAAACAAGAAUUCGUCGAGCUGUACACUGAUUUCCUGCUCAAUCAAAGCAUCGAGAAACAGUUCCGUGCGUUCAAGCGGGGCUUCCAAAUGGUAACGGAUGAAAGUCCGCUGCAUCUGCUGUUCCGACCGGAAGAGAUCGAGCUCAUCGUUUGCGGCAGCAAGGAAUUCGACUUCAACGAACUGGAACAAUCGACCGAAUACGAGGGCGAUUUUACGGCGGAGUCUCAAACAAUCAAAGACUUCUGGGAAAUUGUGCAUGGUCUCUCGAUGGAUUCGAAACGAAAGCUGCUACAGUUCACCACCGGGUCCGACCGGGUGCCGGUUGGUGGUCUCAGCCGACUCAAGCUCGUCAUAGCCCGAAAUGGGCCUGACUGUGACCGGUUGCCGACCAGCCAUACAUGUUUUAAUGUAUUGCUUCUUCCUGAGUACAGUAGCAAGGAAAAGUUAGAGGAACGACUGCUGAAAGCCAUCAACUACUCGAAAGGUUUUGGCAUGCUUUAAAAAAGCAAGUGAUGUUUCUAUUGAAUUGCUUUUGCAAAAAAAAACGGUAGUAUAGAUCUGUAAACAUCUCACAAUGCUUUCUGAUGGUUGCAAAAUGUAAUUUAUGCAUGCGGAAUGUACAAAAAAGUGGAGGUAGUCAAAAUCAAUCUAAAUCUGGGCUCUUGUUGAGUCACUUUUUUUUAUUUUUUUUUCAGAAUUGUUUUAAGUUUUAUGACUAUGAUGUUUUUCGAUUAUAAUUCAAUAGGUGACCUUUUGUUGUAUUGAUUGAGUGAGUUUCAUUGCAAUUCGUUUUUGAUGGAGUCGACUUAUGAAAAUACGUUGAAGUGGAAACCCCCUUUCAGGUGAAAUCACAAUAAAUGACAUAUUUUGGAAAAUGUGCCCGAGCCAUAUUCAUCCCAGAAUA